CCCAUCAUCUACAUCAAUGCCUUCCCUGGAACAGGCAAGCUUACAAUCGCCAAACACCUGGUCUCACUCUUCCAAACCGGGUCUGUCAAGCUUAUUCACAAUCAUCUCCUCAUCAACCCUGCCGAUGCAGUCCUUGACCGUGAUCAAGAAGGCUAUCAGAAACUUCGCCGCAAGAUCCGUCGAGCCAUCUUCAAGCCGCUCAUCAAAAACGAGGAAACGUACCAUUGUGCGUACAUUUUUACCGACUUCCAAACCGACAACGACCUUGGUAUAAAUACCAGCCUGGAAUACAUGCACUGCGCCGAGGAACGUCACUGCCAGUUCAUCCCAAUCACCCUUGUGUGCGAGGAGUCAGUGAACCUGAAGCGGCUG